UUAAAGGAUUUACAGAAAAUAGGACAAAUGGUAAAACAGAAAGGAUUUAUAAACCAGUAAUUAUUUUUAGUGCUUUAUUUUCUGGAUUUAGUUUACUGUCGAUACAAUGAAAGUGUGCGGUGUCUUAGUAAUUUGUAGUAUCCUCUGUGUCCUGAAAUUUGGAAAUGCUGAAAACAGCUUCAUUUUCACGUCUCCCGAGGUUAUUUAUGCUAGAAACACUGCAUAUUUUACACUGUUAGUAUCUGGUAUACCGUCUGGUGGAAAAGUCACAGUCAAUUUACUGCGAAAGAAUGAUUCAGUUGUCUUGUCUCAAAGCAACGUGGAUGUUAUUCCUAAUCGCAGAGUAUUGGUGGCGAUGUUUGUGCCACAUAUUACUGAUGUUAACGUAGCCACGUUACAUAUUUUUGGCAAUUUUAGUGACGGCUAUCAAAUAGAUGACAAACGUGAUGUGAGCAUACAAAUCGACUACUUUACUGUGAUUCAGACAGCAAACAGAGAACGUACGACAGCUAAUCCUGCCCACAGUUUGCAAUAUACUAUGGAAUCCUUUCCAACCGGUAGCUACAACACCACGCCGAUUCCAGAAGUUUGUGAAUAUGACGUGUCUUCAACUAGAGGAGUUGUUUCCAGCCCAAACUAUCCGGACUUUUAUCCAAAAAGUAUGGAUUGCAGAUGGAAAUUUGAAACUGCUCCCGGACAUAGAAUCAAACUGGCAUUCAAUUUUUUCGAAUUGGAACCCGGUAUUAAAUGCCAGUAUGAUAACGUAACGCUUUAUGAUGGGAACUCCACAGAUACCCCACUGUUGGCGAAGUUCUGCGGCUCUAGUCUUCCUCAUAUAGUUACAUCCAAAACUCAUAUUUUGCUCAUGACAUUUCAUUCAGAUUUAUCUAUAGAGAAACAUGGAUUCCAAGCUCUGCAUUCCUCUGAGUAG